AUGCCGCUCGUGCCGCCCCGCAGCCCCGCUCGCGUGCUGCCCUGCGCCCGCAUGGUCACUCACCGGCCCGGCCGCGCCACCCCGUCACCCCCUGCUGCCUGCGCCGCCGCCCGCCUCGCGCACGCGCUCGCCUCCCGCGCAUGCGCUCGCACCGCACCUCGCGCCCGCACUUGCCCUGCACCCUCGCCACACCUCCCUGCUCCGCCGCUCGCCGCACUGGCUUCGCCACGCUACUGCUGCCCCGCCGUGCGCGCGCAUGACGCCGCCCCUGCCUACGGCUGCUACGUGCGUGGCCGCCGCUGCCCGUCCCCUGCCGCGGCUCUGCUCCGGCCAAGCCGCCGCACGCCGCCACUCGUCGCGCGCCCGCCGGCGCCCCCCGCCCCUGCACCGCCUCCGGCCUCCUCCGGCGACCGCCCGCUUCGCUAUGGCCUCGCCUCGCCGCACCCCCUGCGGGCAACCACACGCUACGCCCGUGACCCACCGCCCGUUAGGGCCCCUGGCCCAAUGACAGCCGGGGCCCAUCCCAGAAUGUUUUAG